AAUUAACUAUGAAUUACAGAAAUUUGUUGUGUAAAAUCGAAUGUAUUGGUACAUUCAGGAUAUGUUGUUCGAACAUUUAAAUAAUAUAUACAAGAAAAAAGAUUAUACAAAUAAAUAAAAUAACGUAGAUCUUAAUCAGUGGUAUUGUUAUGUUUGAAAAGAUACGUUUUAUUAAAAUUUAAAUCCCUUUAAAAUCGAAAACACACAUCUGCUUUAUGUUUGCCUAAUAAAAUCAUCUUUUUAAAUGAGAUAAGAAUAGGUAUAAUAUACAACAAUAUAACAUGAAACAUCGAACGAUGCCUAUUAAAAAUUUGGUACAACGUCACAGAAAUUUUUUUAUAUUAAUAAUUUUUUUAAUCGGCCUCACUGCGUUGUUUCGCAUCGAUUUCAGCAAAACAAAAAAUGUUUUGUACGUGAAAGAAGAAUUCAAAUGCGAAGACUCCAAGUUGAAAAAAAGUUUAGAAUACCGGGGUAAAUAUUUAGUGCUCAAUAAUUACGUUCAAGCUACGAGAACUUACGAAAAUAGUGAAAGUGUUACGUUAACGGCCCCGGGGGAUUUUAGAUUUUUAGAUAAUAUAUUACCGUUGGUGGAUAGAUGGCGCGGACCUAUUAGUGUGGCUCUAUACGCGCCCGGUGACGAUUUUUUCGCUACAAUGGAAAGUGUGGCUUAUUUAAGAAAGUGUACUACACCUUUUGUCAAAGAAUUCGUUACGUUUCAUUUGUUUUUCGAUGUUGAUCACGUUCCGACAGUGGGUAACGCGCCUUUGCUUGAAGCUUACAUUGACGAUUUCGAUUGUACUAAACAACCUCCGUACGAAACUGUAAGUGAUUAUGGAACAUACAAAGAGACGCAUAGACUUUACUACCCUAUAAAUGUCGCCAGGAAUGUAGCGAAAUUGAACGCGCAAACGCAUUUCGUAUUUCCUUCCGAUAUAGAAUUGUACCCUACGAGGAAAUUUAUACCGAAAUUUUUGAAUUUCGUCAAACAGAAUCCUCAAUAUUUCGAAGAAAAAUCGAAAAACGUAUACGUAUUACCAAUUUUUGAAAUUUUAGCCGAACAUACCGUACCUGAAUCGAAAAAGGAGCUACAAAACAUGUAUAAAAACGCCACAGCUUUCGGUUUUCACGUAAACGUGUGUCCGCGAUGCCACAAAAUACCCAAACAACAAAAAUGGAUGGACACGGAGGAAACGGACGGAUUGAGUAUUUUCGCUUUGACCAAAAGGCAAGGGGAACACGCUGUAUGGGAACCGUUUUUCGUUUGCACGCAAAAAGAACCGCUUUGGGACGAGAGGUUAAAUUGGGAAGGCCAAGGAAAUAAAAUGUGUCAAGCUUUUCAUUUAUGUAUUUUGGAUUACAAUUUCCUGGUUUUCGAUAACGCCUUUUUAAUUCACAAACCGGGGGUGAAAAAGAAAAAAAUUCAAAAUAUAAAAUACAAAGAUCAGCAAAAAAUAAACAAUCGAAUUUUGAAGCACAUACAAGAUGAAUUGAAAAGUAUUUACGGCACUAGUAUGGGAGAUACGAAAAAAUGUCUAACACAUUAAAUAAACUAAAAUUUUCUUUUUUAUUUUGUUUAUAUUAUGUAUAUACUAUCCAGUUAGUCAUACAUUUUGUAAAAUUCAUUACAAAACAAUCCUCCAAAUCAAAAUAUUCUACAUCCAGUUCCAAAGAAUCACCCUGUAUAUCUAUGUAACCGUGAUACAUAAUACCAAUACUGCAAAUUUUAUUUUAUAUAAUAAAUUGUGUUAUAAACGUUGUUUCUUUUCCUAAUUUUUCCCCACUGAUUUUACAAAUCUAAAAAUAUUGAAUCGUUUAUAUUAAUCGAACCAUCUGCAGUGUGGCAAAUUGUUUCUAAAGUACCAGAAAUACAACUCAACUUUAAUUCAUUUACACAAGUCCAUUACCACGUCAGCCGACAGCGUUGCCAAAUUAAUUUUUAGAAUAUCAGUACAUGUAAUACGUAAAAUAAAUUAAAGCUUUCUUAGU